CGCCCCCGGCUCCCCCGGCCGGGCCCCAUGGCCGCCGUCACCUACUCCCCGCCCUGGUGGGUGAACCUGCUGCACAGGCUGCCUCGUUUCAACCUCCAGUGGGAGCCCACCGACACCCACUUCCGCCCCGAGGACACGGACUACCAGCAGGGCUUGCUGCUGCUAGGUGGUGUGGCCUUGUCCUGCCUCGCUCUGGAUCUCCUCUUUCUCCUCUUCUACUCUUUCUGGCUGUGCUGUCGUCGCCGGAAGAGCGAGGAGCACCUCAAUGCUGACUGCUGCUGUACUGCCUGGUGCGUCAUCAUCGCCACCUUGGUCUGCAGCGCUGGCAUCGCCGUCGGAUUUUAUGGCAAUGGGGAGACCAGUGAUGGGAUCCACCGACUCACAUAUUCACUCCGACAUGCCAACCGCACAGUGGCAGGAGUCCAGGAUCGGGUGGCCGACACAACCGUAGCUGUGAACCAGACCGUUGAGUCCAGCCUGCAGACUUUGGGGAAACUGUUUUCGAAGCAGACGGACUACCUUCACGUGGUCCAGAAACUCCAAGGCCUCCUGGAUGAGCUGGUCCGGCAAACCGCCGAUAUUCCCUUCUGGAAGAACAAGGAGAUCUCCCUGGAGGAAGUAGCCAUUCAAAUUGACCUGUAUGACUGGUACAGGUGGCUGGGGUACCUAGGCCUGCUCCUGUUCAAUGUCCUCAUAUGUUUGCUUGUGCUGUUUGGGCUCAUCCGCAACUCCAAGGCGAUUCUAGUGGGGGUGUGUUUGCUGGGGGUGCUCGCCUUGAUCAUCAGCUGGGGAGCGCUGGGGCUGGAGCUUGCCGUUGCGGUGGGCUCUAGCGACUUUUGCGUUGACCCUGACACCUAUGUGACUAAAAUGGUGGAAGAUCACUCAGUGCUCAGUUCAGAGAUCCUUCGUUACUACCUUGUCUGUACUGCCGGUUACACAAACCCCUUUCAGCAGAAGCUGUCUGGAAGUCACAAAGCCUUAGUGGAGAUGCAGGAUGAUGUCUUAGAGCUCCUGAGGUCAGCCCUCCGAGACUUCCCCGCCUCCAAGGAUCAUCUGAUUCGGAUCCAGGAAAUUCUGAACUCCACUGAGAUCAACUUGCAGCACCUGACGGCCCUGGUGGAUUGCCGGAGUCUGCACUUGGACUACAUCCAGGCACUGACUGGCUUCUGCUAUGACGGGGUCGAGGGGCUCAUCUACCUGGUGCUGUUCUCCUUCGUCACGGCGCUCAUGUUCAGCUCCAUCGUGUGCAGCGUCCCUCAUACCUGGCAGCAGAAGAGGGGCUCAGAUGACGAUGGGGAAGAAGAGCUGGCAACUCAAAGCAACAGGCAGACUCAUGACAACCUGUACAGGGUCCACAUGCCCAGCCUGUACAGCUGUGGGAGCAGCUAUGGCAGCGAGACCAGUAUCCCAGCAGCCGCCCACACCGUCAGCAAUGCUCCUGUAACGGAGUACAUGAGCCAGAAUGCCAACUUCCAGAACCCUCGCUGUGAAAACACCCCUCUGAUUGGUCGAGAGUCCCCACCUCCUUCAUACACCUCCAGCAUGAGAGCUAAAUACCUCGCUACCAACCAGCCGCGCCCCGACUCUGGCAGUGUGCAUUAAAAACACCAACACCCACUGACCCGAUUGCGAACGUGCCAACUCUGCGCCUGUCUCUCCCCAUCCUGUGCCUGCAGAACUUCCCUCUUCCCCCACCCCUUCAUGCCAGCCCCGCUCUUCCUGCUUCUACCUAACUGUCCUCCGUCUCACUCUCGGGACUCAUCCACUGGGAGUCUGAGAGGCAGCCCCACUGCAGAUGGAGUCGGGAAUGUUGGGUGCAGCCUGGGGAAAGAGCAGUGCUCCAGUCAGAUGGCCAAGAGAGAGAGAGAGAGAGUGCUCACCGGCCUGUUGGGGCCCCUCGGCCAACACCCAAUUGCGUGUUCGUUCUGAAAAGGGAACAGGAUAACUGCAAGCCCAUAUCCUCAUCCUCUCCCUCCACCACAUCCUUCCUGCAGAGGGACUGGAUGUAAGUUGCUCUAGGACUCCAAUCUCAAGUUAUCCCUUAUGGUGCUUCUCUAAUUUGUUCCGGAUCAGCUUGAAGAUGGAGGAGCUUUGAGUCCCCUGCAUUUACAUCCACGGCAGGAAGACAGCCUCAGAAAACAGGCCCCCCCGGGCUGUCCACGGGAACGGUGAUCUUCCCUCCCCGGCCCCCGCAGGCACCCAGCUACUUUGGUUCCAAUCUUCCAAAAGUUGAGUCUUCCCUAGGGCUCGGACCCAGGCUUGUGGCUAGACUGAGCUGAUGUUUUCUCUUCUACCUUACCAGCCCUUGAAAGUGAUCUCGAUAACAGGCUUGGACUUCUCCAGGAGAAGCAAGGCAGGAUCUCAGCAUGGGUGAGUGGCCCUCAGUUGACCCUUGCCCCUACUGGGUGUCUCACUUCGGUCUUUGAGGUCCACUUCUCUGUGCCGCUCCACCCCUGCCUCCAGCCUCCUUUCCAGCAUCACCUUUCUGAGCCCAGUCUGAUCCUCCAAGGACCACAGGAGUGGCAGCUUCCCAGGUGCCAAAUUCCUCCCCGAAACUCAGCAGCUUUUUUCUUUUCUCUCUCUCUCUCUCUCUCUCUCUCUCUCUCUCUCUCUCUCUC